GUUGCACCUGUCACUCUUCCCGAUGAUGAGACUGCAGGCGUCACAUCAUCCGCCGUUCAACCUCCCGGGUCUGGCUCGGACCUCUUUCACACACCUCCACGUCUCCUUCACCGAGAAAGCGACUCUGCCGGAAAAACAGAUUCCAAAGAUCCUACCGAUACGUCAGGUGGAUAUAGCGGUAUAUCCGAGUCAGACUUGACGGAAUUGGACCAAUCAGCUAUCUCACAACAAGACGAAGUGGAAUAUCAUCUUCAAGAAUACGAGGAUGAAGAGGAUAGGUUGAUAGCUCAAGGUGGAAUGGGUAUACCGCUAGACGAACAUGGUCAUCCGGCACCUUUAUUACCUCCUAUAGAUAAAGCACAUCUAGGAAGGAAAUGUUUGGUAUUGGAUCUGGAUGAAACUUUGUUACAUAGUUCUUUCAAGAUGCUCCCUUCCGCAGACUAUAUAGUCCCUGUAGAGAUAGAAGGUCAGGUCCACAACGUCUACGUCAUCAAAAGACCAGGGGUGGAUAGAUUCUUAUAUGAGAUGGGAAAGAUAUACGAGGUUGUGGUGUUUACUGCGAGUUUGAGCAAGUAUGCAGACCCAGUGUUGGACAUGCUCGAUCCGAAUGGAGUGGUUCUGCAUCGUCUUUUCCGAGAGAGCUGUUAUAAUCAUAAAGGGAAUUAUGUCAAGGAUCUUUCCCAACUCGGUCGAGAUAUGGAAUCAUGUAUCAUCCUCGAUAAUUCACCCGCUUCGUAUAUUUUCCAUCCCAACAACGCCGUGCCCGUAUCUACUUGGUUCAACGAUCCUCACGAUACGGAAUUGACGGAUUUAUGUCCUUUUUUGGUUGAUUUGGCCACUGUGGAUGAUGUCCGAGGUGUCCUCGAUGGUGCUGUUUGA